AUGCUCAAGGCCAACCCUAAUUUUGCUACUGCUAAAGACGAACUUCAAGAGACUACAUUGCAUGUGUUAGCUCGCAAUCCUUCAGCAUUUGUUAGUGGAAGUCGGCCAGGGUUGUUAAGGAGACACCUCAAUAUUCCAUGGUUGAAGUUAAAAGAAGAAAAGUCGAAGCAAUCUCAAGCUCAUGAACUACUUAAACAAUGUCUUCAAGCUUACAAAGAUGACAUUGAGAAUUUAAACGAAAUCUCAGAGCUUUCAUUAGUUCUAUUUAUUGCGGCAGAAGUAGGCAACGUGGAGUUCUUGGUUGAGCUUAUUCAUUUUGACUUAGAUCUAUUAUGGAAAAUAGAUGAUAAGAAGAGAAGCAUAUUUCAUAUUGCUGUUGAGAAGCGCCAUGAAAGCAUCUUCAAUUUACUUGUGGUAGGCUCAAUUAGAGAUCUAUUAGCAGAUAGAAUAAAUGAAGAUGGAAACAACAUGUUGCAUUUAGCUGCAGGAUUGGCACCUGAAGAGAAGCUUAAUGCCAUAUCAGGAGCAGCUCUUCAAAUGCAGCGAGAAUUACUAUGGUUUCAGGUAUUUAUUUAUAUGAUUUGA